AUGUCUGCGGCAACAGCGAACAAAGAAGGCAAGAAAGGACAGUACAAAGACUACGUGAACUUCUUGGAUAACUACAAACAGGAAAGACCACACGGUGUUAGUGAGGAUCCGACAGAAAUGUCAGGCAAAAGCUUCAAAGAUUAUAUGGAAAGCUACAGCACCAAGUUGUAUCAACCAGUACAACCAACCUUCAAAAAAGACACCACCACCGUCAAAAAGGAAGGAGAAAAACUAGUGAAGUCUGAAGUUUUUCUUCAAAUAGACAACGAGACCAACACAACAAGGCGGAUUACCAAAACUUUCCAUUUGAAUGCAGACCAUCAAAAAAACUCAAGUGAACCAUCAAAGACUUUGCGGCACACAAAUUCAUUCAAACACAACAGUGUACAUCAAGAAGAAAACAACAUCUAUGAAAACACGAAGAAAUCUUUGAGGAAGACCUCGAGCAUCAAAGAAAAAAGAAGAGUGUUUGAGGAGAACCAAGAAAAAGUCGUGAAACCUAAACGCACAGAACUGAGCCCAAACAAAAACAACGUAACAACAAAUAUCAUCAAACAACAAGAAGAAAACAAAACCUGGUUACAAUCUAAACCACCAAGCAGAAGUUCUGAAAAGAAGGAUUAUGUCGGGGAAAGUGCACAACCUAAAGCAGUUGAAUCUUCUCCCACAGUUGCGAUAAAACAUAAUGCAGUGACCAAAACCUCUCAGAUAGCAACAGCCUCAUGUUUUGUCCCACCACCCCCACCAGCACCACCACAACCAUUAACCUCUGCAAUUGCAAAAGUAUCCACCAAACCUUCCGAAAAGGCAAAUCUUCAUUCAGUAAAAAAACUAGCCCAAUCUAAAGCAAUAAGUAUUCCUGAAAGGAACCGAAUCGAUGAAAUUAUACAGCCUGAAGCAAUAGAAACCAAAGCAGUGAUUAAACCCUCGCAAACAACCCCAAACACAUCGACAAUCCCUCCACCUCCACCAUUACCUCCUGCAACCACUAAACUAUCUACCAACACGAAACCUGUUGCGUUUUCGAAAACUGUUGCUUCUUCCAAGCCUGUCGGUACCCAGCCAGCGAUACUCACAGGCCGCAAUACUUUGCCCAAAAUACAGAGUGAUAGUACGGAUACAGCCCCCAAAUUGGACAAGAAUGACCCAAGGGUGAAGAAAUUGGUGUACGGGGCUCUGAGAGAGAUGUACGGGACUUAUCACGACAAAGCUAACGACUAUUUGGCGACUCUGCCUAAGAGUAGGGUUAAGAAGAAUAAUGGGUUGGAUAGUAUUAUCAAUAGUAUUGCGUCUCAAGGAGGUCUUGAUAAACUUAGUGGAAGAAUGAAUCCGAAGCUAGAAGUAGAAUGA